AUGCCGACCAACAAGCAGCGACCGCCGUUCCGUGCAGAGCAUCUGGGCUCACUACUCCGCCCGCAAGAGCUCACUGAGAAGCGUCUUAAGCUUGCCGAUGUGAAGGCUAUCGAUGUUGCUAAGGACGGGGAGUUACACGCCAUCGAGGAUAAUGCCAUUAAUGAGAUUGUCAAACUGCAGCUAGACCUCGGAUUCCAUGCUAUCAACGAUGGCGAGUAUCGGCGACAUCAAUUCUGGGGAACCUUCUUUCCCAACCUUGAGGGAUUCGAGGAGAUCAUGGAACCAGAGUGGGAUAUGUUCCGGUUGUACGUCCCUGACACCGCCGCGUUUACUGAGAAGGGUCAUAAGCCCGGAGAGACAAUUGUUUGCGUUAGCAAAAUUAAGCAUGUCGGAAGUGCAUACCUGUCCGACUGGAACUAUCUUAAGAAGUAUCAUCUGAGAUACAAGAAGGGCAAAGCGUAUCCAAAGGAGGUAUACGCCAACGACGAGGAGUACUUUGCCGAUAUUGCCAAAGCCUACCAAACUGAGUUGCAGCUUCUAUAUGACAACGGUUGCCGAAACGUGACUAUUGACGACCCAAAUUUGGCUUACUUUUGCGACGAGAAGAUGUUGGCUGGUUUCAAGGCGGAUGGGGAAGAUUCUGAUGCUCUCCUCGACACGUAUAUUAAAUUAUACAAUGAUUGUGUAUCAUCUCGCCCGGCUGACAUGCAUCUGGGCAUUCACCUCUGCAGGGGUAACUUCGCAUACAGUAAACACUUCUCAGAGGGAGGAUACGAUCGAAUUGCAACGAAGCUCUUUAAUAACAUCGAUGCCGACACGUACUUCUUAGAAUACGACACGGAGCGAGCGGGUAAUUUUGAGCCUUUGAAGGAGCUGCCACCGCAUAAAAAUGUCGUUCUAGGCGUCAUCACUAGCAAGUUCCCCGAACUCGAGGACAUUGACGAGACACGCAAUAGAGUGUUCCAAGCAGCUGAUAUCAUCGCGAGCGGCGCUGGUCAGACGCGCGAGGAAGCGCUUAAGAGAAUUGGCGUUAGUCCGCAAUGCGGAUUCGCUAGCCACCACCUUGGCAACGCCGUAACGCGAGACGACAUGAUUGCAAAGCUAAAGCUUGUCAGAAAGCUUGCUGAUACGAUCUGGCCGGACCUUCAUUCCUUCACACGCUAUUCAUCGCCAUGCCGGAAAAGAAGAGAAGCACCUCCUGAUGAGUCUAUUACUUUUAGCUCCGGGGUUCACGAUGGACCUCCGGACUUGAGACUUCUCCAUUACAACGACGUCUACCAUGUCGACCAAUCCAGUAGCGAACCGGUAGGAGGUGCCGCUCGAUUCAUGUCACUCAUAAAACAUUAUGAGGAGAAUGAGAAGUUCAAGGAGCAGCCAGAGUUGGUAACACUAUUCUCCGGUGACGCCUUCAAUCCGAGUUUAGAGAGUUCCGUUACGAAAGGUGAUCACAUGGUGCCUUUAUUGAACAACAUAGGGACAAAUGCAGCAGCAAUAGGAAAUCACGACCUUGACUUUGGAGUCUCACAAUUCAAGCACCUUUCCUCCAAGUGCAAGUUUCCAUGGCUCAUCGCAAACGUAUUGGAUCCCGCGCUGGGAGACUCAGUUCCCAUUGGAAACUGCAAGAAAACUCACAUAAUCACCUCAUCUAAUGGUAUUAAGAUUGGGUUGAUCGGUCUAGGCGAACGCGAAUGGUUGGCUACAAUUAACAGUCUACCUCCUAACCUCAUCUACAAAUCCGCCACCCAAACCGCAAAGGAGCUUGUCCCACAAUUGCGAGCCGAGGGGGCCGACAUCGUCAUCGCCAUAACACACAUGCGAGAGCCGAAUGAUAACAAAUUAGCUGAGCAGACUGAUGGAAUCAUUGACAUUAUUCUUGGAGGCCAUGACCACUACUAUAAUCAUAGCCUCAUAAAGGGAACGCAUGUCUUACGUUCAGGAACCGAUUUUAAGCAGAUGAGCUAUAUCGAAGCCAGGAAACGGACUGACGAUUCGGGUAGAUGGGACUUCGAUAUCGUACGGCGAGAUAUCACGUCUGCGAUCCCCGAGCAUCAGCCAACUGUUGAGCUGGUCGAAAAGCUGACUGCAAGUCUCAAGGCAACACUUCAGAAGCCUGUCGGCUACACUGCUGCGCCCCUCGAUGCUAGAUUCCGGACGGUGAGGUUAAGGGAGAGCAAUAUCGCCAAUUGGGUGUGCGACAUUAUGCGCCAUUAUUAUUCAGGCGAUUGUAGCAUUAUGGCGUCAGGAACUGUCCGUGGCGACCAAAUCUACCCUCCAGGACCGUUACUACUAAAAGAUAUUAUGAACUGUUUCCCAUUCGAGGAUCCUGUCGUGGUAAUCAAGGUUACAGGCCAAGCUAUUUGGGACGCUUUGGAGAAUGGUUUAUCGCAAUAUCCGGCUCUAGAAGGUCGUUUCCCGCAGGUCUCUAACAUUACUUUCAAAUUCGAUGGCCAAAAACCUACCGGGUCGCGCAUAGUGACAGCGACGAUCGGCGGGGAGCCGAUAGAUAUGAGCAGGAAGUAUGUACUAGUGACCCGAGGCUACAUGGCUCGCGGUAAGGAUGGCUACGAUAGCCUCCUGAUUGAGGAGGAAGGGGGGAAAGCUGAGGAGAUUGUCUCCGAAGAGAACGGAAUAUUAAUUUCGAUGAUGCUACGACAAUAUUUCAUGUCGCUCCGUGUGAUGGGACAGUGGAAGUAUUGGGGAAAGAAUAUCGGUCGAUAUUGGAACAAUGUCGCGAGCAAAGUCAACGCAAACCACGCUCCUCACCGCCCAACAGCAACAGCGACUCCAGUGAGUCCAACAGCAAGAACGAAUGUCUCCGGUUGGGAUAAUUGGACAGCAGAGAAGAUUCGGGAGCGGAAGACGUGCCAGCUUUCUGUCGACUCUGAGUCCGACGAAGACAACGAUGGCUUGGAUAGAGGAUACGUCGGUGAUAUCGAGACGAUUGAUAAGGAGAUGCAGAUCAUGCGCCGGGUGUUCGCCAAAUGGGCGCGGAUCGCUAAGGUUGAGAGUCGCGUCGGCGAGGAACUUAGAGAGGGGGACUUCGAGGCUGAUUGGACUAGAGCGAUUGCACCGCGGGUUGAGGGGCGUAUCAUCUGUGUCGGGGGCGAGCAGAAAUAG